ACCAUAGAGCUGUCCUCUUCUGCUUCCUACCCAUUCUAGACAGAACAACAAGCCCACCAAUACAUCAGUCAUGGCCUCCUUUGGCUAUAGCAUGGAACCUCCUCAGGCUGCAAGUUUUAGAAGUGGUGUUGGGUUUGGUUUUGGUGGCGGUCCUGGCUUUGCUUCAAAUCUUGGUGGAGGCUUUGGUGGAGACCUUGGUGGAGGCUUUGGAGGUGGAUCCAGCAGUGGCUUUGCCGCCCGCUCUUCUGGUGGUUUUGGAGGGGCAGAAUCCAGCAGCUCAGGUGUUUUGGGUGGAAGUGAGAAGGCGACCAUGCAAAAUCUAAAUGAUCGCCUGGCUACCUACCUAGAAAAAGUCAGGGCCCUGGAAGCAGCCAACACCGAGCUGGAGAUCAAGAUCCGUGGUUGGUAUGACAAGCAAGUUGGCACUGGAGUUGAUUUUGCAGGCAAAGAUUACAGCAAAUACUAUGACAUCAUCAAUGGCUUGAGGAGCAAGAUCCUGGCUGCCACCAUUGAGAACUCUCGAACUGUUCUUGAAAUUGACAAUGCCAGGUUGGCAGCUGAUGACUUCAGACUUAAGUAUGAUAAUGAAUUGGUUCUCCGUCAGAGCGUGGAAUCUGAUAUCAGUAGCCUCCGCAAAGUCCUAGAUGAGCUUUUACUGUCCAGAGGAGACUAUGAAAUUCAGAUUGAGGGCUUGCUUGAAGAGCUGGCCUACCUGAAGACGAACCAUGAGGAGGAGGCACACGCUGCCAGAAGCAGUGCUGCCGGCACUGUCAAUGUAGAGAUGGAUGCUGCUCCGGGAGUAGAUCUCACUAAGAUUCUGAAUGACAUGAGAAGUGGCUAUGAAGCUCUGGCUGAUAAGAACCGUAGAGAUGCCGAGGCUUGGUUUGCGCAGAAGAGCAAUGAACUGAAAAAGGAAAUUUCAGCCAACGUGGAACAGGUACAGACAAGCAAGACUGAAAUUUCUGACAGCAGACGUGCCCUCCAAAGCUUAGAGGUUGAGCUCCAGUCUCUGCUGGCAAUGAAAAAAUCCCUUGAAGACACCUUGGCUGAGACAGAUGGCCGCUACGGUGCUCAGCUCCAGCAGCUCCAGAUCGUCAUCAGCGGAACAGAAGAGCAGCUCUUCCAGAUCAGAUCAGACACAGAACGCCAGGGCCUUGAGUACAGAGAGCUGCUCGAUAUCAAAACCAGACUGGAAAUAGAGAUUGAAACAUAUCGCCGCCUCCUGGAGGGAGAACUAGAUGAGUUCUCUUCUCAGAGCUCAUCCUCGUUUACCGAACUGACUGAAUCCACAGUGACAGCUUCUUCUGCCUCAUCAAAAUCAUCCAAAAUAGAAUCAUCUUCAAUAGACGUAUCCUCACUUGUUGACUCAUCAUCCAAAACAAAAUCACAGACUUCCUUUGUAGAUCCUGUUAAAGACGCAACCAAAACCAGAAAGGUGAAGACCAUUGUGGAAGAUAUAGUGGAUGGGGUAGUUGUGUCCUCAACAAUUGAGGAGAUUGAAGAAAAUGUGUGAUAAAAAAGAAAAGCCACGGUGAAAAAACACACUGAGGAAAGAUGGUGUCGGCUUGUGGUGGGGCGCUUAAGCAAUUCUACUUCUUAAUUGUUUUCUUAUUCAAUAAAGCCUUUAAUGCAUCCCAAAUAA